GAGAGAGAGAGAGAGAGAGAGAGAGAGAGAGAGAGAGAGAGAGAGAGAGAGAGAGAGAGAGGUUGGCUGUGAGCUGAGAUCAGGUCGGACACUGAUGAGCAUCUGCAAUAUGAAGAAUGGAAGAAGACGAAGUGACGAUCAGAGAGCAGAAUUUCCACAGUCAGGUUCGCGAGUACAUAAUCUGUUUCCUUCUGUUCGCGGUGCUGUACAUCGUGUCUUACUGCAUCAUCACGCGCUACAAGAGGAAGAGUGAUGACCAUGAAGAUGAAGAUGCCAUCGUCAACAGAAUAUCUAUGUACCUGUGUACGUUUACGCUGGCGGUGUCCGGAGGGGCCGUCCUCCUCCUUCCCUUCUCUAUAAUCAGUAAUGAGAUCCUCCUCUCCCUUCCAAAGAACUACUACAUUCAGUGGCUCAAUGGAUCCCUCAUCCACGGGCUGUGGAACCUGGUGUCUCUCUUCUCCAACCUCUGUCUCUUCGUGCUCAUGCCUUUCGCUUAUUUCUUCCUGGAGUCUGAGGGCUUUGCUGGCUCCAAAAAGGGCAUCAAGGCGCGCGUGUUGGAGACGUUUGUGAUGCUGUUCCUCCUCGGCCUCCUCAUCCUGGGGAUCGUAUGGGUCGCGUCCGCCCUCAUAGACAACGAUGCAGCGAGCAUGGAGUCUCUGUAUGCAGACCUGUGGGAGUUCUACCUGCCGUACCUGUACUCCUGCAUCUCUCUGAUGGGCGGCCUGCUGCUCCUCAUGUGUACUCCAGUGGGUCUGUCACGAAUGUUCACCGUGAUGGGUCAGCUGUUAGUGAAGCCCACGAUUUUGGAGGACCUGGAUGAGCAGAUGUACUGCAUUCAGCUACAGGAAGAGGCCCUGCAGCACAAGCUCAAUGGCUCGACGUCCAACUCCUACUUGCGCCCCAAUUCCCAGCAUCUCUACAAGGAGCUUGACAACAUCCGCACCCAGAGGACCAAGCUAGAGAGGAAGAAAAAGGCCUCAGCCUGGGAGAAGAACCUGCUCUACCCUAUCGUGAUGCUGAUUCUGCUUGCUGGCACGGCGAUUUCAGUCUUCCUGGUGGCUCUGAACAUCUUGUACCUGCUUGUGGACGAAACAGCGCUGCCGAAAGGAUCAGCGGAUCCAGACAUCGGCAACACCUCCCUGUCCACUUUUGGUGUCGUCCAGGCAGUGGUUGAAAUCAUCCUCAUGAUUUACCUGAUGGUUUCCUCUGUGGUGGGCUUCUACAGCCUCCGCAUCUUCAAAGGACUCACGCCCAGGAAGGACGACACCACCAUGACCACGAUCAUCGGUUGCUGUGUGUCUAUCUUGGUCUUGAGCUCUGCGUUGCCGGUCAUGUCUCGAACACUCGGAAUAACAAGGUUUGACCUGUUGGGAGAUUUUGGCCGAUUUAACUGGUUGGGAAACUUCUACAUCGUCCUGUCCUACAAUCUCCUGUUCGCCGUGGUGACCACGCUGUGUCUGGUGCGAAAGUUCACCUCCGCUGUGAGAGAGGAGCUCCUCAAAGCUCUGGGUCUGGAUAAAUUGAACCUGUCAAACAGCCCAACGGAGCCGGAGUCGGGCAAAAUAGCCGCUAACGGACAUCAGAAAACUCUCUGAGACGCUCGCACACACAUACACGUUGGGUAUGGGUUGGGUAUGUGUUUUUACGAGCGAAGAAAGGGUGGCGCCCUUAAAUUUGCUCCUUAAAGAAAAUGAAAAAUGUUCCUGAAGUAAGAAGAAAUUACCAGCUUCGGUCCGUCUCCACGGCAGAAGAUGGAUCACCAAGCGAGAGCGAAAUGUCUUCAGAGAGAAAGAAAGACGUCCUCUGUUGGUCCUCUAACGUGCGGAGACGCGAGACUUUGCGCUAUGGUAUAUAUUCGUUUAUUUAAAAUGCUUUUUUUUGUCUGACAAUCUUUUCCGUUAUUCUGUUUUUCUACUCACUGCUCUACACACUUGAAGAGCCUUUCGACUGCACUCCUCUGACGAUAGUUCCAUUCUUUCCCUUCUUUUUCAUUGGUUGUUGGAAAGCUGGUUAGCUCAAUAUGGCUAGUCUGACCAGCAUUAGCAUUAGCGUAGGCUUUUAAGCUUCUGUGAUGCCUUAUAACACUAUGUAUUAAUAACCUGUCAUGGCUUACUCACCUGUGCAAGGUGUUUCACGUAAAAAGGCCAAUGUUAAGCAUCCGCAAAAUUUAGGGCUAACGUAGAUUGGCUGUUAGACACACAGCCGUGGGCAGGUCAGUGACUGGCAUCUUACCCAGUAGAACCACUACUGCAGAGUCCAGUUAUACUGUUCACACUGUCCCUUGCAGUGGUCUACAGACAUUUCUGCUAAAGUAGAUGAAAGACGGCAUUAUAUUCAUUGCCGAUAGUAAAAGAAAAGGCUGUUGGUUGACCUUAACCUUCCUAUUUGCCUUUUUUUGUCCUGUUUUUUCGGUCAUCCCAACAAACCGGCGAUUGUUUUUGUUGUUUUUUGCCUUCAUAGUGAUCAAAUAUCAAACAACCAUUUACAUGUUUUGCCUUAUUUAUGGUAAUAUCUGUAAUGUAAUGUGCUGAAGCACCGAGAUGGUAUUUCUGAAGGUGCUUCGCUUCGCAUAAAAAGCUGCAGCAACUCAAGUCAAAUGUGAAUUCUAAUCUAACACACUUGGCCAUACGCUUGUAUUAUAGCACAUUUAGCUCCACAAGUAGCUACUGUUUACCAAGACCAGUGUAGGAAGCUAAAGUGGACAGAGCAGCACUGGCUGUACAUUGCUGAAACGUGCAAGCCUUAAUUCCUUUCUUACUAUUAGUUAAAAGUUACUGAUAUAGCUGAUUUGCAGUUGUUUCUGUUUCAGAACUCACAGGCUGGUUUCGGUAGCUCAGAUAUUUUGCUCAAAAACAAAAAAAAAUCUCAAUGUAAAUGUUCCAUUUCCGUGUGUAUAUAGAUAUGUUUGUUUUCAGCAGAAUGUUCAGCAGAGAACACCCUUCAUUUAUUUGAUUUCCAGUCAGUGCAGCCCUAAAGUGAGUUGUUCAUUUUUCAGGUUUUCAAGAAAAACUUAAAAACUGAGUAUCAGAUGUUUGAGUGUUUCUUUCCCUUUAUUCUGCUUCCAUUCUGUUCAGGAGACUCACUUUUAGUUUCUCAAAGAAUCUGCAGACACACCUCCAAAGUUCAGGCGUAGAAGUUGAUUUAGCAAUUACAGAUUUAGGCUCAAACAGCUCCACUCCUCAUCUCAGAUGUCCAGUUUUGAUGUUCUAGUUCUAAUUUUAAUUUUUAAAUUUUUUGUCUUAAUUUUUUCAGUAAGAGCUUCUUGACAGCUACACAUCCCAUAAUGUUGUGGAUUUUUUCCAAUUUUGAUAGUUUGGGAAACUCAUGUUCAUUUGUCUUUCUACAAUGUUUUAGGGCCACUGUUAAAAAAAAAUUAAGAUAUUAGACUUUGAGAAUAAAGUCGUAAUAUUUUGAGGAUAAAGUUGUAAUAUUUUGAGAGUAAAGUCGUAGAGUUAUGACAUUUAAAGUGGCAUUAAUACCAGGAAUAGUCGCAAUAUUGUGGCCAAAGGUUUGGAAAAGGAAGUUAGCAACAUCCUUGUGUUAAAACGAGUUGGUGAAGUUAUACUUUCAUAUCUGUUUCACCCAUAAAGAAAUACUCAGUCUCCUCACACAUCAGCACCAGAAACGACUGUAAUCUCAAAAUAUUGUGACUUUAUUCUCAAAAUAUUGUGACUUUAUUCUCAAAAUAUUACGACUUUAUUCUCAAAAUACUGUGACUUUAUUCUAGAAAUGUUAUGACUUUAUUCUUGAAAUAUUACAAAUUUAAUCUCGAAAUACCACAAGUUUAUUCUUGUAACUUUACGAUUUCAGUUUUGAAAUAUUACGACUUUAGUCUCAAAAUAUUAUGACUUUAUUCUCGAAAUAUUACGACUUUGAUUUCGAAAUAUUAUGACUUUAUUUAAGUCUAUUAUUUUUAUGUUUUUUUUAACAGUGGCCCUGAAACGCCAUCGUAUCUUUCUCUUUACUUAUGCAAGUGGAUUAUUUUCCAUCUGAUCUCCUCAGAAACAGCUGAAAAAAACAAUCUUACUCAUAAGAUUUCAACUCAUAAUUAAUGGCCAUUUUGACUGGAAAUUAAAUAAAUGGGUGACUGUAGAUGUGGCACAUUUGGCGUCUCAGCCUUAUGUACAGUGUGUUAUUCGUAGAACUGGCCAGAUAACUGGUCACUCUGCGACGUCGUCCGUUGUCAAAAAUUCACCUCUGAUGCCUUAAACAGGGGAGGAUUUUAUAGGCUUUUCUAGUAGUUGUCCUGCACUGUGUAUGUGUGUGUGAGAGUAAAUCUGCGUGAGAGUAUAUAUGAGCACCUUUUGAUAGACUAAUUCACUGUGAACCCUCAUGUGACUGUCAGAACAUAAAACCAAAAAACAAACAAACACACAUCAAAGGCAGGAGCUAAAAAGGCCAAAGGCGAAGUCGGAUACCAGCGAUCAAACUCUGAGAGCUGGAAUGACGUCUGGGCUUCUUGUGGUUUUAAAAGUGUGAUUAGACUCUUAUAUCGUAUUAAGGUUAAAGGAUUCACAUGAGGGACACUGAAUUUCGAGCCUGUGAAAAGGUCUGGUGAAUAAAGAAAAGCUCGCGUGCGUUUGGCGAAUUUCGCCGUCGUGAAUGAAGGACGAUUGUUUUGUAAUAUAAUAUGUACAAAGUAUGCAAUUUUUCUUGUUGAUUUGCACAAGGAUUCGGUGUUUUGUAUGAAAUGUUUCUGGGGGAGAAAGUGUGCAUUAAUCGAUGUGGGGGGAUUUUCUCAGACGGACAGUCAAAGCGCUCUCGCUCUCACUUUCAUGAGAACCUCAUAAUGAACCUCUGAAGUCGUGCCGUCAUUCUGCAGUCGUUGUCAAUCGUAUAGGGAUCUCGGGUCUGAGCUGGUUUUCUUUACGGGAAAAAUGAACGGCGUUUUGAAAACUGUUCCAAAUCUUAUAUAUUUUCUUGCACAUGCACUCUUCCCUCCAAUGUUACUGGACUGCAAAGUCGAAAAGAGUCAAAGUAUCGCUACUGAGGAACAAAACCAUCUCCAUUUUUGUCAUUUUUUCAUUUUUUUUGUUUUUGUUUUUGGGGAUUUUUCCCCCGAUCACACGAAACCACCAGCGCUAGGAGGGCGAAGGCAAACACAGGCUUCCUCUGAGUCCUGUGAAGCUCCACCACGUUGUUUGAACUGGCGCUAGCACAGCGUCACUGGACAGCCGAACACGCUUGGAGGAGAACGCUAACCACCAGAUCUGUUACGUCAGCUAACAGAUGUCUGCACUAGCUAGCUUUGCGCUAAGUGAUGGGGGGAGACGGAGGGCUAUUCUGCCCACCCAGAGAGAGCGAGGACAACUAUGCUCUAUUGGACUUUCGACCACGGACGGCUGUCAUUUUUCAGUUUUUGACAUAAUCUGAAAAUGCCUGCCUUUUACAUUCUUUGUAAAUUUCAUGAUGAAUGGACCAACAGAAAUGGCCCAGCAUUACUUGAAAAGACGUCUGGUUCCAUUGACUCACAGUAAAAGUAAAGAUUUUUUCCUUGUCCUGUAAAGUUACCAUUUUGGAGAUACAAGGUUUUGUUCCAACAGCAGUGAUAUGAAUAUUUCUGCAUGCAAACUCUGCUGCACGUUGAACUGGCGUAAUAGGACUGACAACCUCACUGGAACAUCCCAUGCAAACCAGCGAGCUUUUGAAAUACGGUGGUUAAUGUCAGCAUUUGUAACCUACAGUUUGAGCAACUGCAGUUGGUGUAAAACAGUGUUGAGGUUGAGUAGUAGACUCAGCUUCAGUGUGCAGAGUGUUAGCUUGCUUUAGCGCAUAUGUGGCACUAUUAGAGCUGAACGAUUCAGGGGAAAUAUCUAAUUGCGAUUUUUCUAACAUCCUCAGUUUUUAUCAGUGCGAUUAUGAUAUUUUCAUUUAUAAUAUGUCAUACGCUCUUUAAAAAAGGUGCCACUUUAAAUGUCGCCAUAGAUGAAACACUUUUGUUUUCAUAAAGAACCACGAAUAACACUACUGUAUAACAGUGUUCACAAGGCAACACUCUUAAAAAUGGUGGUUCUUCCAGCGUUCUUCAGUAAAGAAAAUGGUUCUAUA